UUUAGCGACAUUAUUAAAAAUAUUUUCAAAAAAUUUAUACUGUUUCAGAAUUAAAUUUCUUUUUUCUUCUGUUUAAAUAUGAUUGAUACUGAAUUAGAAAAUAAUCUCCGGUUUUUAAUGAAUCUUCUUAAAGUAAAUGGUUAUUGGCCAUUUAUAAAUAAAAAAAAAUUAAUAAUGAUGCGAACAUUUUAUUUUUUUGUUAUAAUGUCAUUAACUGUACCAAUUGGUAUCAAUCUCUAUAAGGCUCGACAUAAUAUGGAUUAUUUUUGUGAAUGCGUGUCUAUGGCAGCUAUCAUACCAUUAGGAUGGAUUUCCUAUUAUUUUCAACUUUCUAAAACAUCAACGUUGCGAUCACUUUUCACUAGCAUGUUCAAAGAUUAUGAAACAUUUCAAAUUAAUAAAUACGAAUAUGAAAUUUUACUGAAAUUUGCAAAAAAGACACAAUUCUUUGUUAUGGUAUAUUUAGUUUAUACAUCAUCGACGUGUAUUUUUUAUUGUCUAAUUGGACAAAUUCCUUAUUAUCUAGAUUUUAUCAUACCCCUAAAUGAAUCACGUCAGAAAUACUUUUCAGCUGAACUUGAUUAUAUUUUUUUUGAUAAAUAUGAAUAUUAUAUGCCAGUAAGUAUGCAUCUUGCGACAGCUGGUUUGUAUAUUAUUCAUCUUAUUGUACUAGCCGAUGCUAUUCUCUUAACGUUUGCUCGACAUGCCUGCGCAAUGUUUUGUAUUUUACGAUAUAGAUUAAAAACUAUUAAUGUCAAUGCUGAAGGCGAGCGUAUAGAUCAUGACUAUGAUCAAAUGUAUAAAAAUGUUCGUGGUUGUGCAAUACUACACAGUAGAAUACUUCUAUUUUUAGAUGAUAUUAACUCGUGCUAUGCAAUGUGUUUAUUAAUAUUUAUUGGAGUAACUGUGAUUAUUAUGAGUUUUCAUGGAUCCAUGAUGGUCCUAAAACAGCACGACCUCACGUAUUUAAUAAAGGGAUUGGUUAUUGCCGUGGGGCAAAGUAUACAUGUAUUUCUUAAUUGUUUGACUGGGCAAAUGGUACAAACACAGAGUGCAAAUUUAUGCAAUUACAUAUAUAAUUUUGAAUGGUAUGAGGCGCAAGAAAAAGUAAAAAUGUCAAUUUAUUUUAUGAUAUUAAAAAGUGAAACAGAAUGCAAUUUAUAUGUUGGAAAAACUGCAGUUUUGGGAUUAGAAUUAUUUUCUACAAUUAUGAAAACCAUUUUUUCUUAUUUAAAUGUUUUAAAUUCUCGUAAUUAAUGUUUAUUAAAAUAUACAAAAAUUAAUCUGCCUAACUGUUCUGUAGUAAAUAUGUAGUUAUUAUUUCACUCGCAGUCGAGAUGAUUUGCUGAGGGUAUAUAAGGUCUGAGUGUUAGAGCACCAGCCAGCAAAGAUUUGCCGCCUAACGGCGUGUAGGUCUCUUGCGCACUUUCAAUAAAAGGUUCUUUUAACUGAA